CCGCAGUGUGGGACGGGGCGGCCGCGGCAGGAUGGCGGUGGCGGGCAGAGGGGCUGCGGCCGUGAAGCCCAUCUUCAGCCGGGACCUGGGCGAGGCCAAGCGGCGCGUGAGGGAGCUGUACCGCGCCUGGUACCGCGAGGUGCCCAACGCGGUGCACCUGUACCAGCUGGACAUCACGGUGAAGCAGGGCCGCAACAAGGUGCGGGAGAUGUUCAUGAAGAACGCCCAUGUGAAGGACCCGCGGGUGAUCGACAUGCUGGUUAUUAAGGGGAAAAUGGAUCUCCAAGAAACCAUAAAUGUAUGGAAGCAGAGGACACAUGUCAUGAGGUAUUUUCAUGAGACGGAAACCCCACGACCUAAAGACUUUCUGUCCAAAUUCUAUGAAGGCCACGAUCCAUGAAACAGAUUCUGUGUCUUCUUGUCUUGUAUUACAAAUAAAGUUCUACAUGAUACAAAAAAAUCUGUACAGACAGAUUGUAUACCAGCCUACGAGACUGUUCAAUAAAUCUGAAUCUGGUAUUUAUGCAA